AUGACGUGUGGUUCAAAUAUUGAUGAAUGUGCUAGUUCACCAUGUGAAAAUAACUCUACCUGUAUUCAGACAACACCAGGUGCCUAUGCCUGUACCUGUGGUGUAGGUUUAUACGAAUGUAGUUGUGCCGUCGGAUUUACUGGGACGAUCUGUGAUAGUGAUAUUGACGAAUGUCUAAACAAUCCUUGUACUAAUGGUGGAACGUGCUCUAACAGUGAAACUCCUGGAGAGUUUAUCUGCCAGUGUCCGCAGGGGUUUACCGGGACGAUCUGUGAUACGGAUGUAGACGAAUGUUCCAGCGAUCCGUGCAAUAAUGGUGGAACGUGCAUUAACAGUGACAUACCCGGUGAUUUUGUUUGUCAAUGUCCUGCGGGGUUUAAUGGAACGAUCUGUGAAAAUGAUAUUGAUGAAUGCGCUAGCAACCCAUGCACUAAUGGCGGAUCGUGCACCAACAGUAACAUCCCGGGUGAGUUCCUUUGCCAGUGUCUGCAGGGGUUUACUGGGGCAAUAUGUGAUGCUGAUAUUGACGAAUGCGCCAUCAAUCCUUGCAAUAACGGUGGAACAUGUACCAACAGCGACAUCCCGGGCGAAUUCAUCUGCCAGUGUUCGCGGGGGUUUACUGGGGUGACCUGUGAUACUGAUGUUGACGAAUGCACCAGCAGCCCUUGUACUAAUGGUGGAACGUGCUCCAACAGUGAAAAUCCUGGUGAGUUCAUCUGCCAGUGUCCACAGGGGUUUACUGGGGCAAUUUGUGAUACUGAUGUAGACGAAUGUGCCAGCGAUCCAUGCAAUAAUGGUGGAACGUGCAUUAACAGUGAUAUACCCGGUGAGUUUGUUUGUCAGUGUCCUGCUGGGUUUAAUGGAACGAUCUGUGAAAAUGAUAUUGAUGAAUGCGCUAGCAACCCAUGCACUAAUGGCGGAUCGUGCACCAACAGUAACAUCCCGGGUGAAUUCCUUUGCCAGUGUCUGGAGGGGUUUACUGGGGCAAUAUGUGAUGCUGAUAUUGACGAAUGCGCCAUCAAUCCUUGCAAUAACGGUGGAACAUGUUCAAACAGCAACAACCCUGGUGAGUUCAUUUGUCAAUGUCCGCCGGGGUUUACUGGAGCGAUAUGUGAUACUGAAAUAAACGAAUGCGCUAGCAACCCUUGCACUAAUGGUGGAACCUGUACCAACAGCGACAUCCCGGACGAAUUCAUCUGCCAGUGUUCGCUUGGGUUUACUGGGGUGACCUGUGAUACUGAUGUUGACGAAUGCGCCAGUAGCCCUUGUACUAAUGGUGGAACGUGCUCCAACAGUGAAAAUCCUGGUGAGUUCAUCUGCCAGUGUCCACAGGGGUUUACUGGGGCAAUUUGUGAUACUGAUGUAGACGAAUGUGCCAGCGAUCCAUGCAGUAAUGGUGGAACGUGUAUUAACAGUGAUAUACCCGGUAGGUUUGUUUGUCAGUGCCCUGUGGGGUUUAAUGGAACCAUCUGUGACAAUGACAUUGACGAAUGCGCCAGCAACCCUUGCAAUAAUGGCGGAUCCUGCACCAACAGUAACAUUUCAGGCGAGUUUGUUUGUGAGUGUCCCAAAGGAUUUAAUGGAACAAUCUGUGAAAAUGAUAUUGACGAAUGUGCUAGCAGCCCUUGCAAUAACGGUGGAACAUGUUCCAACAGUAACAUCCCUGGAGAGUUCAUUUGUCAGUGUCCGCUGGGGUUUACUGGCACCGUGUGUGAAUCUGAUGUAGACGAGUGCGCCAGCAACCCUUGUAACAACGGUGGUACAUGUUCUAACAGCAACAACCCCGGAGAGUUCAUUUGCCAAUGUCCACGAGGAUUUAGUGGUACAGUGUGUGAUACUGACAUUGAUGAAUGUGCUAGCAACCCUUGCAAUAACGGCGGGACAUGUUCUAACAGCAACAUCCCUGGUGAGUUCCUUUGUCAGUGUUCAAGGGGAUUUACGGGCAUAAGUUGCGAUACUAAUAUUGACGAAUGCGCUAGCAACCCAUGUGGUAAUGGCGGAACCUGUCGCGACAGUAACGAUCCCGGUCAGUUCAUUUGUCAGUGCCCACGAGGUUUCACUGGAACAGUUUGUGAUGUUGAUGUGGAUGAAUGCGCCAGCAACCCUUGUAAUAAUGAUGGAACUUGCAGCAACAGUAACGUCCCCGGUGAGUUCAUUUGUCAGUGCCCACGAGGUUUCACUGGAACAGUUUGUGAUGUUGAUGUGGACGAAUGUGCUAGCAACCCCUGUAAUAAUGGUGGAACUUGCAGCAACAGUAACAUCCCUGAUGCGUUUUUCUGUUUUUGUGCAGUGGGAUUCUCUGGAAGAACAUGUGGAAUAGACAUUGAUGAAUGCGCAAAUAACCCUUGUAUUAAUGGUGGAACGUGCAUUGAAAAUGAGAUCCCGGGUGGGUUCAGUUGUCAAUGUGCACCGGGAUUUACUGGGGUAACUUGUCAAGGUGAUAAAGAUGAAUGCGCCGAAGACCCAUGCAAUAAUGGAGGAAACUGCACAAAUAGUAACAUCCCGGGUGAGUUCUUAUGUCAGUGUUCACAAGGAUUUACUGGGCCUACCUGUGACGAAGAUAUUGACGAAUGUAUUAGUAACCCCUGUAUCAACGGCGGAACUUGCACUAACAGUAACACCCCGGGUGAGUUUAUUUGUGAAUGUCCCCGAGGUUUCACUGGAACAGUUUGUGAUGUUGAUGUGAAUGAAUGCGCCAGCAACCCCUGUAGCAAUGGCGCAACUUGCAUCAACAGUAACAUCCCCGGUGAGUUCCUGUGCCUUUGUCCACAGGGGUUUACUGGGACAAUCUGUGAUACUGAUGUGGACGAAUGCGCUAGCAACCCCUGCAAUAAUGGCGGAUCGUGCACCAACAGCGACAUUCCAGGUGCGUUUAUUUGUCUAUGCCCCGUGGGAUUCACAGGGACAAUCUGUGAUACUGAUGUGGACGAAUGUGCUAGCAACCCUUGCAAUAACGGCGGGACCUGCUCCAACAGUAACAGCCCUGGAGAGUUCAUUUGUCAGUGUCCAGCAGGGUUUACUGGAGCCGUAUGUCCGCCUGGUACGUUUAUAUGUGCAUGUGGACGAGGUUAUACAGGUCUGUUAUGUGAAACUGAUAUAGAGGAAUGUACGUCACAGCCUUGUCUGAAUAACGCCACCUGUACAGAACCGAGGCCAGGUAGUUUCUACUGUCAGUGUUCUAACACGUACACCGGACAGUUUUGUGAAUCGGAGAUUAAUGCUUGCUUGUCUCAGCCAUGUCGCAAUCGAGGACGAUGUAUUUCUCUACCAGGGGUCAGGUACAGGUGCGCAUGCGCUGCAGGGUUUACAGGAGCAAACUGCGAGAUGGAUAUAAAAGAAUGCAACCCAUCACCAUGUCUAAAUAAUGGUACAUAUGUAAACGAGUGUGUACCGAAUCCCUGUUUCAAUCAGGGGAUUUGUACGGAAGGUAUUCCUGGUACCUUUAACUGUUCCUGUCCCCCUGGUUACCAAGGUGAUACAUGUCAAUUGGAACAAAUUUGUUACAAUAAGUGUGAAAAUGGCGGAACAUGUCAGGAAGUGUUAAAGAGUGGUUAUUUAUGUUAUUGUGUGCCUGGAUUUACUGGUAGAAACUGUCAGACUAAUAUCGACGAUUGUGCUGGACGGCCUUGUCAACAAGAUGGCGUCUGUAUAGACGGUAUCAAUAACUUUACCUGUGCCUGUAUGAAAGGUACCAUGGGUGAAGUUUGUGAGAUUAAUUUAGAUGACUGCGAUCCAAAUCCGUGUCAGAAUGGUGCUACCUGUAUUGACUGGACACAUGAUUAUUAUUGCGCAUGUCCAAAUUCUUGGACGGGUAAAUCAUGUGGUAGGUAUAAAGUUAAUCGAUUGGAUAGAUAUGUCACGUGGUAUGUAUAA